CUUGGUUGGAGUCAGUUUUACUUAAUAAUUUCUUGUUCACUUUACUUAGCAAACAAAAGUAACGGCAUAUGAUUAAUUUAACUUAGUAAUUUCAACAAAAGACUGUGUCUUGUCAGCUUUACUUCAAAAUUAUUUGUUCAGCCAAUAUAACAUUGUUGCGUAAAAGUAACAGAUUAAUAAAACCAAUACAGACUUGCAUCUCAUUGGCUGAUGAUGCUGCAGUGUAUUAUGGGUAAAUUGUUGUUCUGGCAGAAUUGUUGUACCCUCUUGCAGAAGUGUAGCACGAUUAGAUAGGUACCUGAGUAAUAAGUGGCCAAGUAUAAGUUAUUUAACUUGUUCUGAUAUAUUUUAGAACAAAACAAACCAACAAACGGUUUGAAAUGUUACAUUGCAUUUCAAAUAUGUUUGUGAUAUGUUUGAUAAACUGUAAUUAAAUAAAGGUUGUAUUGAGCAGCUGCACUCUGAUUGAUUGAUUCGUUGUUAUGGAGUUAUUAAAUCAUUAUUUUUAAUUUUGUUUUCAUCAAUUAAAUGUUUCAUAAUAGUGACUUUACUGGGAUUUCUUUAGUCCAUGCAACAUUUAAAUUGUCAAUUUUACACAAACUUUUUUAGUAAAUACAACUUACAUUUUAUUUGUUGACAUUACUUAACAAAGCUAUGUGGAACCCACUUGACGAAGUUUUUUUAAGUAAAUCCAACUUUUUAUUUUUUUGAGUGUACAGUCAACUGUGUGCUUAUUAUCAUUUAUCAAAAAUAUAUUCUUCUGUGUUUGACAGAAUAAAAAACACCAUUCUUGUUUAGAAUGAGGAUGAGUAAAUGAUAUUCAUUUUUGAUGAAGCUAUCCCUUUAAAUUAACCCAAAAAGUGUUCAUAUUUGACCCAACAAUUGAUUAAAACAACCUAGGAUUUUGUUUUGAAACAUCUCAGCAGAGGUUAAAUUACAACCCAAUGGUUUGGGUUUGUCCCUUUAAUUCCAAUGCUAUGUUGAAAAUAACCCAGCAUUUUAUUCAUGUCUCCUGUUUGCUGUUUCAUUCUCAAAAUAAUUAAAUAAAGUAAAAAAUUAAAUCAACAUGAAAAGUCAUUAAAUAUUUGUUAGGUUACAAAAAACAUAAAAAGACGAUUCUUUUCCUUAAAUACGGUUGUGAACCAUGUGCCCUGUUGACAAGGUCUUACAGCAACAUGCAAUACAAUAUGAGAAGCUGUCAGCUCUAGUGUCUGAAUUAACAUAGAUAUUAGUAUGUAUCUCUAUGAACAAAUCUUUCCAUUUAACUUAUUUAGAAGUAGAGUGACAUGAGAAAAUAAAAUGACCAAUAAGAGAUGAUUAAUGCAAUGUUAGUUACAACAGCAACACAAUAUAACAGCUGUUCACACUCUUGACCUGUUGAUUUCAAACUCUUCAAGUAUGUAGGCCUGAGCUGCCGCGAAUAGUAUUGUGCAUGUCUGUCACAUAUAUUUAACUGUUUAGUUUGAAGCUCAGCUUACAUGUUUCUUACAUGCUGAACUGGCAUGGGAUGUAAUGCGUGCAUGCGCACUAUAGAUAAAAUCUUUCUUCACAACGUGGAAAGUAAACAAAUUAUUUUAAGUGUACUGGUUCAGACUAGUUCCGAUAAGACAUUUUUUCAUAAACAACCAGCAAACUUUAAACUGAUACAUUUAGAGCUCUGCUAAAAAGACCAACAUGCGCAUCAGGUUAGUCCAAGCUGGUUUAUACUGGUUUGAGCUCAACCAGCACAAAGUGUAGUGAUGCUGUUUCCUUUGAAUAGACCAGCAGUGAAACAUUUGAUGGAUGUCGAUUCAGUGAAAUAUUCAUCUGUGUCAAGCACAUUAAAGAAAAUAAGUUCUUAAAUAAGUUCAGGACUUCCCCUAGCCCGCACCCAGAGUCAUGGCUGCAUAUUGCAGCUAAUUUUAGAAUCAUGAAUCAGCUUGUCCUUAGUCUAGUCCUAACACAGCAAAGGGCAUCCUCUCAUUUAACCUUCACUUCUGUAGCAGGAGUUUGGGCAAAUCUUGUGCCUAAACCCCAGCUAGAGGGGGGCUAUUGUGUUGGUCACUAAGACACACCCAUCACUGGACCAUAGAAUUCAAAAGACUUGUUCAAGUUCUGAAAGCCACUAAUGUGGGUGUAAUUUUAUAAUUUCACUGCAAAAACAUCAUUGACUAUUGAAUGUUGCAGAGUGCAGAUCUAAGACUGUGAGCUGCUAUGUGUAAAACUAUCCCAGAUUCAUUUUUAGCCACAGCAAACAUUGACUGUAGAUGGUCGUACAGUAAAUAGAAACAUUUGCGCUGUCACCUUGCCAAUCUCAUUGGGACUGCAAUAAGGUGCUCUGUAAUGUAAAACAGGUCAUUAUAUGCACCAGAUGUCCUAUUUAUAUAAACGUGUGAGAACCAGAAAUAAUUAUAUAUGAAUAUAUUUAAAGAAAACUACUAUAGCUAUAGGUUAUCAUGCGAUCAUAGGUUCUUAAGGGGAAACUUUUAAAUCAAUAAUUUCUUUACAGUUCUUUAAAUAGGACUAAUUAUAUGAAACAAUAAUAAACUAUUUUUUUCUUUUUUUUAAUUAAGGCACUGUGUCAAGGAACAAGGAAUUAUUUUAUACUCCAUUCCUGACUUUGAAUAAAAAUCACCCUAUUCAUUCAAGCAUAGAAAGGGUGGUGUUUUCUCUCUCUCUCUUUCCCCCUUUUUGUAUAACUGGACAUGUGAUUUAAGAUUGCCAUACCUCUGACUAUUCUCACAUUAUCUGCCUUAUUCUGAGGGACUUUGCAAGAGCAACUGCAAGCUUGCAAGCAAGGAAACCCAGCAUGGACAGGAAAUUGGACCUGUCUAGACUAUCAGAAGAGGAGGCCAAGCAUGUAUGGGAGGUCAUUCAGAGAGAUGUUGUCCUUAGGAAAAAAGAGGAAGAGAGGCUCGGUGAGCUCAAAUCCAAGAUAGAGAAAGAGGAAACCAAGAGGGAUCUUCUAUCAUCUCAGUCAAACCUGGUGAACACUCACUGUAUCCGCUGUCUGCAGCCCUUUAAGUUCCUGGUGAACAGCAAACGCCAGUGCGUGGACUGUAAACUCUACACCUGCAAGACCUGCAGCCGCUAUAACAAGAAAGAACGCGGCUGGGUAUGCGACCCCUGCCGCAUGGCCAGGGUCCUUAAAAUUGGAUCUUUGGGGUGGUACCAUGACAACGUGCGCUCUCGCUUUAAGCGUUUCGGCAGUGCUAAGGUGAUGAGGUCAUUGUACAAGAGAUUAAAUGGAGAGGGGCACCGUGAUGAUGACACACAGAGCAUGCCUGAUGUCCGCAAUGUGUAUAAUGGUCAUGAUGAUGAACAUAUUGAUGCAAGUGAAGCUCAACGUUAUAAACAGAUCCGAAAGACCAAGCGUCUACUCUCUGUGCACCACAUGGAUCUCGACAUGGACGACUAUGCUCCUAACUCACGCAGACAGUCUGUCCAGUACAUCCAGGAGGAUAGAGGAGAUCAGCGGAAUGAUCUAGAAUACAACGCUGAUAUGCACCAUCUCCAUCUUCAACGUAUGAACCGCAGAAAGAGCCUCGACAGGUUCUUGCGGCCAGAUGAUGGCCUGUACUCUGAAAACAGAAUUGUACGUGCUCGCUCUCUUUCUAAAAUCAACUCCUCCCUGGUACCACGUCAGCCCUACCUGGACACUUCGGAUGAGGAGGACAUAUUCCGUUACCCUGUCUACCAGCUGCCCCCACGCCGCCGCAGUCGGGCAUCAUCUCAAGAAAACAUUCAUCAGGGAGCACCACCGAUCAAUGAGCUGAACAAAAGAAUGUCUGCCAUUGAGAGUCUCUUGAAUCGACUGGAAGAAAAAAUGACUUUGCCUACUGAACGGUCUGUCCAGCUCUCAGCGGGGCAACUGGAGGAGGAAAAGCUCAAGAAAAAGCUAGAUGAGCUGAUGAGUGACAGGACACUUUCCUCUGAUGAGGAGGUGCCAAAGAAGACUCCUCAGUCGAAAGGGUCCAUUGUGAGAAAUACCCCACAUGUAGACCACGCACCCAUGGCUCUUGUCCCUCAAGAACCCUUGAGCUCCUCCAGUGAUGAGAUGCCUAAUGAAGAGCAAAAGAGAUCCUCUGCGGCAGCCCUUUGUGACAUCACAACCGAGAUACUAAGAACUAUUAAUGCCACUGAAAACGCUAUGAAUGAAUUGGCCCCCUCAAACGCUAAUGACAGACUUCAGUUAGAGGGCACAGAUGUUAAGCAGGCUGAUGAUGCUUACAGAGACAUUGAGGAAAAUGUAUAUAUAACUGCAGGGAAGUCCUUCGAUAUGGCAAGGAAGUUGCAAAUGAUUGAGCAGAAUGCUAAGAAUCACUACUUUGGCCCGCUAACUGACUCUGAACUCUCUGGACUGGAGGACCAAGUUGCUUUGGCAGCUGCCAAAGUUCAAAGCACAGAGAGUGAGGUCUCGGACAUUGAGAACAAGAUAGCCGCUCUUAGUGUUAAAGGACUGUCAAUUGAUAGAGCCAAGAAAAAGGCAAUGAGUAUCCAACAAAAAAGGAAGUUUUCCCAAGACAUUCCUUCAAACAGAGUGCAUUUUUAAGCAGAAUGGCACUUUAGCUUUCUGUUGCUUUGCAUUUUAUUUAUCUAUGCAUUUGCUGCUUUAUUCAUACAGGAAUAUAAAUUUAGUCCAGAACAUACAUACUUACCUGCUGGUACUGAAUUGUUUUGACUUUCAGAUUCAGAUUUUUGUCCAUAUUUUGAUAAUAACACCACAGAUGUGGCACAGUUUGUUGGCUGCAGUUUCACCACAUUUCAAAUGUGGUCUAUGGGAUUGAGAUCUGGUGACAUGUCCAUGUUGUUAAUGCCAAAAUCGGAUCCUACUAUUUAAAUGUUGUAGUGGAACCAGGCAAUAUAUUCGUUGUCAGUUGUGUGUGACCAGCAAGUAUUUGAACUAUGCCAUGUUCAAAUGAACCUAAAUCAUAUUUUCAGCAUGAUGCUUGGUUUGAACCUCAACAAAUACCAUGUUUACAUGUCUAUGAUUGAUAUGAUUCCAUAAGACAGAAAUAUAUUUCUGUUAAUAAACAAUUAAACAAGUUACCUCAUAAAUUGGCUGAUGAGUAUUUAACUGUGGUGCUGGGACUUACAGCACUGUAUUUCUUGUACAUCUAUCCUCAGUUCAGUCUUGAUGAUGAUGUGAUGAACAAUUGAUGAUGAAGUGUGUUAACUAAAGAAUACACACAGUAUUUAACGUACAGUGCUAUGCGUUCAUAGGACUGGAGUUAGAAACCACUGCCUU